GGGUGGAGUUGCUCUUAGUCUCGAAAAAUUGAAAAGUGAGAGGGCGGGAAUUUUUGAAAUUUGGGAAAGAUGGGGAAUGACACGCGGCGUCACCCGCGAGCAGUUAGGCCCGGUCAGAAACGACCUCCAACCUACUGCCCGGGGCGGUCAGUCUCCGUCUCCGGAUAUAACCCCCAAUUCAUCAAUCGGACACCGCCAGAUUUUCUCUCCCAAACCAAACCAGCAUACCAAUGGCUCUGUCCCUCCUUCUGUUCACUCUCUGGUUGGCCGCCGGCCGCGAUAAUCUCGCCGGCGGCGAGAGCCUCUGUCCCCUAUGUGAUUCAUCACUUACCGCGAGUCGUCUCUGUCCUUUUACUGAUAUGCCAGUCAACGUGCAGAGGAGGAACUCCUCCUCCGCCGCGGUGUGGGUGACCGGGGACGGAAGAGCUGAGGAUGAGUUGCUCGUGAUGAGGCAUACGGAAGAGGCUUCUUCUUCUUCACCCUUCUUCGCCGGGGAGCCUGUUGAAGAAGGAGAUCGAGCUCAGGAUCGCUCCCUCCGCCGUGAUGAUGCUGAGUCCCGUGAAGAAAUGACCACCGGCUGGCAGGAGGUUGAAGGUGAAGACGAUGCUUCUCCCUCAUCUUCGUCUUCUUCAUCUUCUUCAUCCUUCUUCACAGUAGUUUCUGUUUCUGGCGGCGGGGAGGCCAACGUGGAGGAGGAAUUGAGGUGGAUCCCAAUUUAUGAGGAAUUGAACGGUGAAAUGGUAGAACUAGCUCGAUUUCCGUUGCAGCGGGAAGCCGGAUAUUUCUCCUUCGCCACCACCGUGAAUGACGCAUCUCCACAUCCAAUUGAGCCCGGGAUGGCUUUGUGAUGAAUCCCAUAGAGAAUAGAUGGACAGAUUUUAAGAGAAUGCUGCAUCACGUCGUA